CGCCUCUUCCGGCUCCGUCGCCGGGCAACGGCUCCGCAACCUGCCGCCAUGCUGGACGCCGGGCUGCCGAGCCCCGCCGCCCUCCGCAGCCUCUACGCCUGGCUGGACGGGCUCCCGCUCAGCCGCCCCAAGCGCCGUCUGGCCCGGGACUUCAGCGACGGCGUGAUGCUGGCGGAGAUUGUGAAGCACUUCCACCCCCGGCUCGUGGACCUGCACAACUACACCCCUACCUGCAACACGGAUCAGAAGCUCAGCAACUGGCACAUUCUCAACAGGCAAGGGCUGCAGGGGGCGCAGGCAGCCCAGCCCCCCGGCCCUGGUCUCCUGCCCUUCCUGGGGGGAACUACUGGCACUCUUUGCUUUCUGCAGGCCCCUCCCUGCACGGCUGGCCAGAGCCUCUCCCACAGCUUCUCUGGGACAAGUUUCCCAGCUGUGGGUUACCUUGAUACCCUCUUCAGUGCCUGUGUCCUGUCCGCCAGGAAUCUUUUGGGGGAUCCCUUGUGGGGAUGAGCCCUGCCCCAUUGGAGUCCGUCCCCCACUCCUUAGCACAG